AACCUUAACUCUCCAAAUUCACAACCGAAUUCGCGUGCAUUUGUUUCUUUUCUUUAAAUACUCCGCAAUGAUUUUAUCUUGGAGAAAUCGCAGAGCCCAUAACAACAAAAUGAAGAACAACAGUCGCUUGUGUGAAGAUUUGGAUGCGGAAAUCAUCGUUCCGACGCAUUUCCGAUGUCCUAUUUCUCUUGAUUUGAUGAAAGACCCCGUCACAUUAUGCACUGGGAUCACUUAUGAUCGGGAGAACAUCGAGAGAUGGAUUGAAGCCGGCAAUGAAACUUGCCCAUUCACCAAACAGGUCUUGGAAACUUUUGAUUUGAUCCCGAAUCACAUACUACGAAGGAUGAUCCAAGACUGGUGCGUUCAGAACCGUUCUCUCGGCGUCGAACGGAUCCCUACCCCACGAAUCCCUGUGUCCCAAUGUGAAGUCUCGGAGGUUUGUUCGAGGAUCGUCGCUGCUACUCGACGUGGAGAUGGAAAAAAGUGUGGGGAGUUGGUUAGGAAGAUCAAGAAUUGGGGCAAAGAAAGCGAACGUAACAAGCGUUGCAUUAUGGAGAACGGAACAGCUUGUAUUUUAUCCGCUUCUUUCGAGUCUUUCGCCCGUGAUUCAUUCGAGAAACACAUAAAUUUGUUGGUGGAAAUUCUAUCGGUACUGUCUUGGAUGUCUCCUUUAGGCAAAGAAGGCCGAUCCAAGCUGGGAACCGAGUCUUCUUUACGUUGCAUCAUUUGGCUUUUGAGGAAUGGAGAUCUUUCUGGUAGACAGUCCGCAGUUUUGGUACUCAAGGAGAUUCUUCAUUCGGAUGAAAGACGAAUAAUUACGAACAACUUGCGGGCGAUUGAAGGAGUUGUCGAAGCACUGUUUUUCUUGAUCAAGGAACCAAUUUCCCCUACUGCUACAAAAGCUUCGUUAAUGGCUAUUUACUGCAUGAUUUCUUCAACCACGAAGAACGACAUGAUUACCUCUAGAUUUUUAGAAAUUGGUUUGGUUGGUGUGAUCGUAGAAGCCAUUGUUGAGGCCGAUAAAAGUGUUUGUGAAAAAGCUUUGGGUGUAUUGGAUGAAAUUUGCAAUACUGAAAGAGGGAAAGAAGAAGCCUGCAACAAUGCUUUGAUUAUGGCGGUGUUAGCGAGGAAAGUUCUGAGAGUUUCGGAAUGGGCGACGGAGCUUUCGGUGUCGAUUUUGUGGAAGCUUUGCGAUGAAGAAAGUGUUAGAAUAGAAGCGAUUCAAGUGGGGACAUUUAAGAAGUUGCUAGUGAUUUUACAGGUUGGGUGUGGCGAGAGGACGAAGGAGAAGGUUAAGGAAUUGUUAAAAUUGCUCAAUGUUUACAACAAUAGAGUAGAUUGUUGCGUGGAUUCAUCUAUGGGUUUCAAGUAUCUUAAGAAACCUUUUUGAUUUACAUCCAACAUACAGUUUGUAUAUUUAGGCUAACCAAAAAGAAAACAUUCAAUCAAAAAUUGCAUUCAUUUCUUCAUUCUUGUUAA